GCUUGUGGGGCGAGGAGGUGACCGGGGUCUUUCUUGCCCUCCAGCAUGGGGAUGUGUUACAGCCUCCGAGCCGGGGGAGACCACCUGCCUCUCCCCUCCUACGGCGGGGAAGUGUCGGAUCGGGGCGGCGAGCGCACGCCCGCUGGAGCCGCCAAGACGACGCACCUCAAGACCCAAGAGAAAGCGGAGAGGGAGCGGAGCAAGAGGAUCGACAAGAUGCUGAAAGCCGAAAAGAGGGAAUACAAGCAAACGCACCGCCUCCUUUUGCUGGGUGCUGGUGAAUCUGGUAAAAGCACAAUUGUCAAACAAAUGCGGAUCUUGCAUGUGAAUGGAUUUAAUGCAGAGGAGAAAAAAAUGAAAAUUCAGGAUAUUAAGAACAAUAUUAAAGAAGCUAUAGAGACAAUAGUGACAGCAAUGGGAAAUCUGGCACCUCCAGUUGAGCUAGCAAAUCCAGAGAAUCAGUUUCGAAUCGAUUAUAUAUUAAACUUAUCAAGCCAGAUAGACUUUGACUUCCCACCAGAGUUCUAUGAACACACAAAAACGCUUUGGCAAGAUGAAGGUGUGAAAGCCUGCUAUGAGAGAUCUAACGAGUAUCAGUUGAUCGAUUGUGCACAGUAUUUUCUAGACAAGAUUGACAUAGUGAAGCAGAAUGAAUAUACACCCUCUGACCAGGAUCUUCUUAGAUGCAGAGUUCUGACAUCAGGAAUAUUUGAAACCAAGUUUCAGGUGGACAAAGUAAACUUUCAUAUGUUUGAUGUUGGUGGACAAAGAGAUGAACGCAGAAAAUGGAUCCAGUGUUUUAAUGAUGUGACUGCUAUCAUAUUUGUGGUGGCCAGCAGUAGCUACAACAUGGUUAUACGAGAGGACAAUCAGACCAACCGGCUUCAGGAAGCAUUAAAUCUUUUCAAGAGUAUCUGGAACAACAGGUGGCUACGGACCAUUUCAGUAAUUCUUUUCUUGAACAAACAGGAUUUGCUAGCGGAGAAGGUUUUGGCAGGGAAAUCUAAAAUUGAAGACUACUUUCCAGAAUUUGCUCGUUACACCACACCAGAAGAUGCAACACCAGAGCCUGGUGAGGAUCCUAGAGUUACAAGGGCCAAGUAUUUUAUUAGAGAUGAAUUUCUUAGAAUCAGCACAGCAAGUGGAGAUGGAAGGCACUACUGCUAUCCUCAUUUCACAUGUGCAGUGGAUACAGAAAACAUUCGGAGGGUUUUCAAUGACUGUCGGGACAUUAUUCAACGGAUGCACCUUCGCCAGUAUGAAUUGUUGUGAUGGAGAGCACUUUGUCUCUGUUUUGGACUCCUUAUUCCUUAUUAAAAAGAAAAAAAACUGGCCCACAUAGGGUGGAAGAGAACUAUUGCCAUCUCCCUCUGAUCUGCAUCCCUCGACCUUUUCUUCUUGCUGGACAGAUAGCAGCACUUCUAAGCUUGCUUGUUUCCACCCCCUUGGGGACAGUUUGGGAUGGCCUAUGAAACGCAACAGGCCUUUCCUGUGAACUGGGGAGGGUUGCUGUUAACAUUGUCUUUAACAAACAAAAAUUAGUAACGCCCUGAAGGUGGAGCACCUGAAAGGAUUUGGAAUUACGUAAAUUUAAAGAUUAAAAAGCCAACGAAAAAAAAUGGGAGAGACAACAACAUUAGGUAAUGCUGUGGGCAUAGUCAUAUAUCCCAUGAUUUCAACUUUAUAUCCAUCCACUGCAUCAGACUAAAGAAGGUGCCAAGUCACAGACCAAGUUGAAAGGACAGGUGCUUGAGUUGGGUUCUCUGCCUCUGAAUGUGACUUUGAGUGGAAAUACUGACAGUUGUACAACAAACCUAGAGAGUACAAAACCAACUGCUACCUUCAGGAAGGUGUUGUUGAAACUUGGUGGUCUUAAGGUGACCAGGGAUGUUGCAGAAUGAACUGCGGUAAGGCCUGUGAUUGCAGAAAGAGUUAACCACACACUGUUUUCAGUUUGUCCACUGAUGAUCCUGUCUGCUAUACAAAAAAAGAGAAAAAAAAGAAAAAGAAAAGAAAAAAAUCAUUAUCUGGACUGUAGUCCUCACAAUCUUCCCUUUGUCUGUUAUACCCAUCUUCCCACCCCUACACCUCUUUCUUCCCAAUUUUUAUUUUACUGCUGGAUUAUUAUUCUUGUACAGACUGUAAAAUGUAUUAUUUUGUACAACUUUAUUGAAAAAAAAUAACUUGUAGAAGAUCUUUGUGCCUUGAUUAUGGCUGUACCUGUGCAAUGAGCUAAGAUGUAAGUAUGUUUGAUUGCGCUGUACAGCUUUGUCAACCCUAUCAGCAGCAUUCGCUCAAGGUAGGGAAAAUUUAUCUGUAGUUUAGGGAUUUUUUUCUGGUUUAUAAGAGAAGAAGGAAAAAAUACUGUUUAGUAUAUUAAAAAAAAGUACAAAUCGUGCAAACUUAACCACUUUAAAAGUGAGGUCUACAACAAGUGACCAGAUGUUGCCGCAUCAUGCUUUUUAAUUUUUAGCUUUAACUCAUUUAAAUCUAUCCAAAUGCAAAACAUGGCUUGUUUCUACAUAAACCAAAUUUUGCUACAAAUUAUAAAUGUUAGUCUUUGUCAUUCAUAGUCUUUUUUUGUGUGUAAAAAAGACAAAAAAAACAGAACAAAAAAAGCAAAUAUAACAGGCAUUGCACUGGCCUCAUGGCCAUUAUGCUGGGUCAGAUACUUUUCCACCCUACAAUAUUUCUAUAACGAGCAUAAGGUUCCCAUAAUGAGAAAAGAUGUACCUUGCCUCUGGAUUUGGCCACUGAAUUUCAGUUUCAAAUGACAUUUUAUUUCUCUUUUAAUAAAGAGAUACUUUAAAACUUUGUUUUAUAUUAACUAUAUAAGUAGCUUAAAGUGAAAAUGUGUGGAUUUUUUCUUAAACUUGAAUAAUUUAUGCAAAUUAUAUCCUUAGAACAACGUGUGGUACAGUAAAACAAAAAGAGAGCAAAAAUCACUGUAGCAAUAAGAGAGCAUGUAAUUUUAGUAACUACUACACUGCUUUAUAUUUUAUACCUAGGUGUUAUGUCUUUGUGAGCAUAUUACUUUUUCAUGUGUCUAAACAUACAUGUACAAAUUUAUAGUGUCUAAAAUUACAGCUAUAAUAACACACAUAGAACAGUGUUAACUCAAGCACCCCUUUGCCAGUCCUUAAAAAUAGGGGGGGGAAUUGGGUCUUAACAUAAUAAUUAUUUUAAUUGCUUUUUACACGUCAGCUCCCUGUGUCACAGGGCGUCAUGUUGAUUUCUCAGAUGGAGGCCCUAUUUUAGAAGUUAUGUACAAGAAUAUCUAUAGGUGCCAGAAGCCUAUAUGUGAUCAGAACAAGGACAGAUUAAAAAGAAGGUGACUUGCCCUGCUCUAGCACAUUUAGAACACAUGAACUAAGUGAUAGUGAUGCAUUUUUCCUUACUAGGUUAGAAACAGACUCAGUGUCUUUUGCAAAACACACAUGCUGACACUGUCACAACACAUAAAGGUGAGGGAACUGCACAUUUUGUUGCAGCUUUCCUUCUUUUUUCUAAAGCUCCAGUUGCCAAGGUCAGUAAGCGCCAAGCCAUGUCUGACUUUACAACCCAGCUUGCUUCAUCAGGUGUGGGAGCUUGCCACAACAGAGGAAGCCCAAAACUGUGUGUAAUUCCCUCCUUACCAUAAAUAGCUCUUUUGGAUUGCAGCCUGUGACUGCAGUGAAGCCAAUGUAAAUGACCAGACUGUCCAUUUUGAAAUGUUUAAAAAGAGAAACUGCCUUGUGAGCAUUUGGAAUCAGUGGCAAAGCCUGACCCAGAAAUACACCUUUGCCAGUAUAUGAUUUUAGUUAGUGCCUAUUAUUGGGAUUUCCAGAGGUAAAGACAUAGAAGACACAGUCCAAAGCGUGAGCCUUAAUUUUUCUGUUACGAAGCCAAAAUCUUUUCAGUUUAUUGCCAAACCUAUUUUAUUACCUUUUAAAGCCUGGGGAGGGAAAUUGGGGUGAAUUGUUCAAGAACCAAAUUAAUAAAUUGCAAAGAAUAUUCUAUGUGAUCUGAAAAAAGAAAAGAAAAGAAAGCAUCAUCUCUACUAUAAGGAUACCUUCCUUUGGAGAGAGAAGAAAUAAGCAUAUGUAACAAGGUGUGUGUGUGUGCGUGAAUGUGCAUGUGUGCACAUGCUAGGAUGUAUGUGCACACUCCAUUAAAAUACAUUUCUUAAAAGCUUUAUGUGAAUGGAAAGUAUCUGAGAUGUUUUUGAAAGAUGAUGGGAGAAGGCAGUAUUUUGAAACUAAUUUGGGCUGCACAUGUAUGAGAAAGAGAGAAUGUGUGUGUGUUUCUUGUCUCAGUAUUGCCUCUGUUCGUAUGUCUAGGUUUGUGCAGUUUGAUGGCCUGGUAAACAAGUCUUAUUUUUAACAGCCUUUUCUCUUUGUUUUGUUUUUAUUUUUUUAAUACAAAACUCCAUAAAGCUUCCAUGCUUGCUAUUUAA